AUGCCCAGCAAGAUCGGUAAAACAAGACCCAACCAUGGAUCCAAUCAUGGACCCAAGCACUCUAGCUCACUUCAAUCAUUAAGCGACUACAUUGCUUCUGCUAGUUCAUCUGUAGAUAAUGAGCCCAAUUUGACAAAUAAUCUCAACCCUACUCACAAUUGCUCUACUAGUGUUGACACUAGAUUGUACCCAACUAUUGAUCCAAUAGCUGAUGAAGAAUUGGCCGCUAAAACUAAUAGUAUGAGCAUGAGUAACCAAGACAACAUUGAAUUGUUGGAUAAUGAGCUGACUAAUAACCUCAACAUACAAGACAUGUCAGUUGAUGAAAUUGUUGGUAAAACUUUUCUCAAACACAAUAAUGCUAAACUAGAUACAAACAGAACUCUUCUUGACACUGAUCAGAUUUUAGAAAUUGUAUCUGUUAUUGCUAGCCCACACAACCCUAUGACCUUAAAUUUCCAACAUGUUGUAAAAGCCACUCUCAGAAUACUCUCUGAUGACAUUAAAUACGAAAUCACCACAGAAAGAAAGGCUUUUAAAAACCAUAAAGACAGAAAACAUGUUUGGGAGUUAUGGAAGGAAAGAAUGAAGAAUAUUAACAAACUAUUAUCUGAGAACAAGAAAAGUAGUAAUGUCCAACAAGACAAUGAAGAAUUCAACAUCAAUGACAUAGCAGUGAAGGAAAUCACUCCUCCCAGAUAUAUUGCUGUUAGAUAUAGCAAAAUAUUUGAAGAGAAUGAGGUAAUUGAAUUAAUUAAGGACAAACUUAGUGGCAAAUAUGUCACCAUCAAUCCGAUUAUUAAGCUCAAUAAUACCAUAAUUGUCACUAUUGAAGAUUGCGCUCAAGUAGAACAGGCAGUUGAAACAUUACGUACAAAAUUUAAAGAAGUCAAUAUCACUUCAUCAUGUGAAAACGACACCAACAAAAUUAUACGUGUCCAUAAUAUUCCAAUAGGAGAACUAUGGAAAACUACAGUCAAGGCAGAUUGGAGGAAUGCUAUUGAAAGCGAUACUGGUGAACCCAUUGUUGAAAUUGCUACAGCUAGAAUUGGUAAAGAAAUGGCAGCAGUGAUCACUGUCAAAAGUAUGAAAGCCAGAAAUAAUCUAUGUAAGACAAAAACAUAUGAUAUCACUAUUCCUAGAACAGAGGAAACAGUCACUAUGAAAAUCGACAUACCAUUCAACUAUGCAAUGGAUGUACAAUACUCUGACAUCAUUGGUAGAUGGCCUGAAAGAAAUGAUUUGAUUAGAGCUAGAAUACAAACGGAAUCCUCUCUUGCCAGAAAAUACAAUAAUGACCAACCUGUAUCCAUACUUAUCAUCAAUCAAGAGAAGAGAAUAUGUUUGAUUAGACUCAACAAUCUAUCUAAUGCCAUCAGAUUGGUAAACCAUGCUGCAUAUGGAAUGAAUGAAUGGACAUUGGAUUUUGCUCUCAAUUAUCCAAUGCUAGAAGAUUUCCUGGAAAAGAAACCUGAUACAGUUCACAAAAUUUCACAAAAUUUAGGCAGAUCUUCUAAAAUUGCAGCGAAAGACGUUUCCUUUACUCUUGAAAAAGUGCAACAAGAUCACCUAAAAGAAAUCAAGAGAAUUGAAGCUUCUAUGGAUAAAAGAAUUGCAGAACUUGAGGCAAGACAGAAUCAGAAAUUGGCUAUGGGAUUUAAGGAAAUGGCUAAUAUUAUCAGAGCAAAUAAUGAAGAAUUAAUGAUUACCAAUAGAAUUGCUACUCUAACAUUUCUGUCUGGUUGUACAAAAGAUAAUACCAAGAGGAAGAUAUAUCAAGAGGAAAUUGAUGAGUGUCACAAAAAGCUAAAACUACUUGAUUCACUUCAAGCAGAACCAUUAUCAGCCCUAAGAGGCUACCUCAACUCAAUCACUCCUGAUAUAAUCAUGCUCCAGGAAGUUAAAAGCGUCUACAUUGGUCCAGAUUUUCCCUCUAUAUAUUAUUCUUCAUUUACAUAUUAUCACAAUCCAAGAGAUUCCUGUGGUGUAUCUAUUUGCCUCAACAAAAGCACUUUCAAAGAUAUUGAAGAAAUCAUCUUAGAUCCGAUCAUUAAGAAUAACGCGCGAAUUAUUGGCGUGAAAUGUAAAAUCAAUUCAAUUAAUACUCUAGUAAUUUCUGCGUACUUUCCAAAUCAACCAGCUGACAGAUGUGAAUUCACAUAUAUUCUUGACAACCUAAUUGAAAAAUAUCCUAACUACAAAAUCAUUAUUGGAGGUGAUUACAAUGCGAUUUUAUCCGAGAAUCACUCCUCAAACGAAUCUAGAAGAACUGAUCAAAACAUACUAGAUCUUAUUAACAAGAGAAAUCUUAAUUACUAUCCUUUCCCUCAUUUAUCAUGGCACCUUCAUUAUACUAUUAACAAACAAUCCAAGUCUAUAAUAGAUUACAUAUCCACAGAUUUUCCAAUUGCAUCUGGAGAAGUACUGAAUGCCAACUUCAUAUCAGAUCACAAAAUGGUUAAAAUUCUACUUGACCUCUCAUGUCAACGAACACCUUUGUUAAUUCGGAAGAAGCGUAACUUUCAAGAUCCCAAAAAUAAGAAAGAAGUGCUGGCCAUUAGCAAAGAAUGUGUAUCUCAAGUUAAGAAUUUAGAAUCUGAUAACGACAAAUGGCUUUUCAUUUGUGAUAAACUAGGCGACAAAUUUGUGGAGGUCAAUCCACCUAAACUUGAUCCUAAAAUCUACAAAUAUAAUAAGCAAUAUAAGAAGCUCAUGUUAAUACUUGAUAGAAAUGAGCACGGAUAUCCUUGUGACAAACUUUUGACCACUAUUGGUAAAACUUUAGAACAGGUUCCAAAAUGUCUUGCAAGUGUCAAAGAGAAAAUCAAGAACCAUAUCAAAUGGAGCCAUGAUAAGGCUUUGAACAGAAAGAUGAAAUGGUGGGAACAAAACUAUGCAACCAACUCUAAACAUCUGAGAAAGAAAAUUUACAAAACGUCAUCACCACCAUACAAAUUAUCUAUCGAAGGAACUGAAAUUAGUGACCCCAAUGAAGUUGCCAAUGUGAUCAAGGACAAAUAUCAACAAAACCUCAACUUUAGAGGAAGAAAUCAUCAAAUUGACAUUACCAAGUUUUUCAAGUACAAACAUCCAUUAAUUGAUAAUUGCAAUGACAAAAUACUCGGUAGAAUUACCACGGAAGAGAAAGAAUGGAUAAUUCAGAAUUUGAAAUCCACAGCACCCAAUGAACUAGGUUUAAGACAAAAAACUAUCAAAUACAUGUGUAAGGAAUUACAGGAGGAAAUUUUUCAAAUUAUUGAAAAUAUCAUUACAACUGGAUUUACUCCUGAAUCUAUGCAAAGUGUCAGCAUUCUCCCAAUUCACAAAAAGAAUAAGGACCACUCAAACCCUGCUAACUAUAGACCUAUUGCCCUUAUGGACUCAGGACUUAAAAUAGCUACUAAAUUAAUCACCAAAAGAUUGAAGGAAGUGUUAAAGGGAAGAUUAUCAUUAGCUCAAUUUGGUGGUGAAGACGGCAGAGAAACUAUUCACAGAGUCCUUUCAAUUUACAAUAUGAUUGCUUGGGCAAAAAAGGACAAGAAACCUUUUUAUGGUUUGGCUGUUGACAUCAAAAAAGCUUAUGACUCAUUACCGAGAAUUAUGCUUCGUGAUGGACUGCUAUUCUUAGGGAUUGAUGAAAUUACUGCUGAUGGAAUUCUGGAAAUAUUAGGUGAAUCUACGACAAAGUUUGUUAUACCUAAUGGUAAAUCUGAAUGUUUCAAUGUGAAAGAUGGAUUGAAACAAGGCGACACCUUCUCUCCCCUUGCAUUCAAAAUUGCGCUUGAGCCUCUCUUACAAUUUUUAGAAAUAACAUAUAAUGGUGCUAGUGUUGCAAAUUAUUGGAACAUUAGUACAGGCGCAUGGAUUGAUGAUUUGAACUCAUUUUCCAACGAACUACCUGAAAUUGAAAAUUCUUUGCAUGACAUUGAAACCUAUCUUCAUGGCUAUCACAUGGAAUUAGAUCAUUCCAAAACUAACCUCUUCUCUGAUAAGGAAUGUAGUAUCAAGACAUUAUCUGGAAGUACGAUCAAAAGUAAUGAUUCUAUUAUUAUACUUGGUAAUAAUAUUACCAAUAAUACUGAGGAACAAAAGAAAUACACUACUUCAAUUAUUGAAGAAGUUAAAAGAAGAACUAACUCUAUUGGCUGGAAUUUUCCAAUACAGAACAUUGUCAAAAUUAUCAACACAGACAUUGUUCCGUAUGCACUGUACCACCUAAUUCCUCUUGCUAAUGACCAUCUAGAGAAACAAAUUGAUAAAUUCUUUCGCAACUUUAUAUGUGAAAGAUUAAGAACCAAGAGAAAAUUAGCUCUCGAGUGGUUUUAUACUCAUCAAGACAAAGGUGGACUUGGAUUAAUUUCUGUUCAAGAAAUGAGUUACUCGGACCUAAUGUGUAAAGUCAGAAAGUUCCUUGAACAAUAUGAUAUUUGUCUUGGAUCUUCUACAAGAUUCCUUUGUGAACGAAUCAAACAGGAGCAUGGUUUUGACAUCCUCAAUGAUCCAAUCCCUACUUGGUAUAAACCAGACCCAUGGAUUCCUCAAUAUCUCAAGAGAAUAAUUUUCAUGAACAAAUCUUCCAAUAUUAGAUUGUGGCAUUCGAGUGACCAAUGGCAUGAAAAAACUCUCAUCCCUUAUGGAAAAUUCCCUAAAGGUUUAAGACAAUUCCUGCUCUAUAAAGAUUGGAACAGAUUAAGUAUGUGGGUUCCUGACCCUAAAAAUUUACAAGUGAAAUUACAUAAUGACAUCAAACAUUCCAAUCAUGUCACCCAAAUUCGCAACAUUCUCAAUAGCAUGGAUUUUGGAAAAAUCAAAGACGAAAGCAAAUACUACAAAUAUGUUGGUAACAACACAUCCAUGUCAAACCUCUUGAACAAAGCUACACUAAUUGGUACUGACGGAUCGUGUAACAAUAAUAUUGCUGGAUACGGUAUUGUAACUGAUCAGAAUGUUUCCAUCUCAAGUCACACCUUAGGACAAGGAACUUCCUACAACAGUGAAGUUCAAGCGCUCCACACAGUUGUUAGAUUGCUAGAUAACAACACUCCUAGAACAAUAGUCAUAGAUGCGAAAAGUAUUUAUGACCAACUUUUCCAAUUCAGAAAAUCUAGAGAUCCUUAUGUUGAAGAAAUUCGUAAUUAUUUAAAAAUGAAGGAUCAGAUCAAAAUUAUGCAUGUUAAUAGUCAUACAGGUAAACAAGAUAUCUAUAGCCGCAUAAAUGAAUUAGCAGAUAGGGCUGCUAAGAAAGGUGCUGAUUGUAACAAUAUUCUUACUAAUAUUCCAUCCAAUAAUUGGUAUAUUAUUAUCAACAAUGUAUUAUACACUCAAAACACUAGACAAACAAUGUACAAACUUCUAUUUCAACGCCUCCACAAAAGAACAUAUACGCCAAAGAACCUUCCUCCCAAGAACAGAAAGUUCACCAACAUUUACCCCUCAAUAGGAAUCGGUUUCAGAACCUUAAAUCUAAUAUUUAAAAUUAGAGUGAACGUGAUGAAGACUUUGGAAAAUUUAAACAAGAUAUCCAAGACGAACUUGCUAUGUCCUUGCUGUAGUAGAGAGACAAUGCAACACAUUAUUUUUGAAUGUAAAUACUAUAGUGAUAUAAGAAAAGAAAUGUUUAGGAAUUUAUAUAAUAUCUCAAUAUAUGCAAAGAAUAACAAGAAGUUCUCCAAACGAUUAUUGUACCUCAUCAAGACUAAACAAGAUAUCCAUAGCCUAACAGGUGCUAAAGUUGGAUUGGGUAAGAAAUGGGACAAAGUAUUUACUAAGGAAGCUUAUCGAUCUAUUACUAAAAUGUGGAUGAAACGAAAUCAUUUUUUCAUGGAAGAAUUGAAACUCACCUGGAAUGAAUUUGAACAACAAUACGAUUUUAAUCCCAAUUUCAUUGAUUUGAACAAGUUUAAACUAUACAUGAAAUACCCACGACCAUGA